CAUGAACAGAUGGUUGUCAAACUGAAGCCUCUUUGUACAUAACCCCCUUUAACAUUUCUAUGGGAUUUAACAUCUAAGGUGUAUUUCUAGAUACAUUUCCUUUCAUAUCGUUCACUCUAGAGAUAAUUAGCUGCUGUGCUGACUAAUAAGAGAUUCGGUAAGUCUCCUACAGAACCAAGUCCUAAAUAAGCUUCAGGAAUGGCAAGUACCUCUAAACGAAUAUUAGUUGAAACAAAAAAUCUGUCCAAAGAUCCACCACCAGGUAUAAGUGCAUACCCAGAUGAAGAUAAUUGUAGAUACUUCCAUGUUAUUAUGGCAGGACCAAGCGGUUCACCAUAUGAGGGUGGAUUAUUUCAGUUGGAGCUCUUCCUACCAGAAAACUAUCCACUGAAUCCGCCGAACGUCAGAUUCCUGACGAAAAUUUACCAUCCCAAUAUUGAUAAGUUGGGGCGCAUAUGUUUGGACAUAUUGAAAGAUCAGUGGAGUCCUGCACUCCAGAUUCGCACGGUGCUACUCUCCAUCCAAGCGUUAUUGGGCAGCCCUAAUCCGGACGAUCCACUUGCAAACGAUGUUGCAAAAAUGUGGAAGACUAACGAGGUGGAGGCUAUAAUGAAAGCCAAGGAGUGGACCAGAGAAUACGCCUCAUUGAACAAUUAAAAUCCAUGAUUAAUAUUAUUUUUCUGUUUAGGGAACAUAUUAGAAAUUAAAUAGUA